AUGAAAGAUUCAGAGAAAAUACUAGUCAAUCCAACACAGCAACAACGAACUCCAAAUCCACACUCACCAAAGCUUUUCAUGCUAUGGCUCAUCCUUACCGUUUCUCUCACCUACUUCAUCUACACUCUCAAACUCGUCUCCACUUCAACCACCUGCAACCACCCUCCAUUCUCCAUCAACCUCCACAAAUCCACCAUCAACACUUCAACAACUUCUCACAAAACAGACCUCAAACACGUGGUAUUCGGAAUCGCCGCAUCCUCAAAACUCUGGCCACAAAGAAAAAACUACAUAAAACUCUGGUACAACAACAAAACAAUGAGAGGAAUCGUUUGGAUGGACGAUACAGUAAAAACAGAUCCAAACGAAGGUCUUCCAAUGGUGAGAAUCUCGACUGACACAUCGAAUUUUCCUUACACAAACAAACAAGGUCACCGUUCGGCUAUUCGCAUCUCGCGAAUAGUCUCCGAAACGGUGCGUUUAGGGCUCAAGGAUGUGCGGUGGUUUGUAAUGGGAGACGACGACACCGUUUUUGUAACGGAUAAUUUAAUUAGGGUUUUGAAUAAGUAUGAUUACAAAGAGGAUUAUUACAUUGGAAGCUUAUCGGAGAGUCAUUUGCAGAAUAUAUAUUUUUCUUAUGGUAUGGCUUAUGGUGGUGGUGGAUUUGCGAUUAGUUAUGGAUUGGCGAAAGCUCUGGUCAAAAUGCAGGAUCGGUGUAUUCAUAGGUAUCCUGGACUUUAUGGUUCUGAUGAUCGAAUGCAAGCUUGUAUGGCGGAACUCGGUGUUCCACUCACCAAAGAAAUCGGUUUCCACCAGUAUGAUGUGUAUGGGAACUUAUUUGGGCUUCUUGCAUCUCAUCCAGUGACUCCAUUGGUAUCACUACACCAUCUUGAUGUGGUUGAGCCGAUUUUCCCCAAUGCCACAAGAGUAGAAGCACUUCAACGCCUUACCAUACCAAUGAAGCUUGACUCAGCAGGACUCAUUCAGCAAUCCAUCUGCUACGACAAAGAAAAGAGAUGGACUAUUUCAGUUUCAUGGGGUUUUGCAGUUCAGAUAUUUCGCGGGAUAUUUUCGCCUCGCGAAAUUGAAAUGCCUUCAAGAACAUUCCUUAAUUGGUACAGAAGAGCUGAUUACACUGCAUAUGCUUUCAAUACACGGCCGGUUACACGAAACCCGUGUCAGAAGCCUUUUGUGUUUUACCUUUCAAAGGCCGAACUCAAUUCUACAAUACAUCAGACAGUGAGUGAAUAUGAAAGGCAUCGUGUUCCUCAUCCAGAAUGUCGAUGGAAAAUGGCUGAUCCUUCUGCUCUUGACAAAAUUGUUGUAUAUAAGAAACCAGACCCACAUCUAUGGGAUAGGGCUCCAAGGAGAAACUGUUGCAGAGUAAUGAAGUCAAACAAGAAAGGAAGAAUGGUGAUUGAUGUUGGUAUAUGUAAAGAUGGCGAGGUCAGCGAACCGUAA